AGAAGCAGGUUUGUACGUUAUGACGGUACACAACUUACCGAAGGCGGGUUCCACGAUAUCAGCAUUAGUUGACGAUGUUCGAAUUGAGGGUGAGGUUCUCUGUAUUGAUGAGCCAAAGAAACUGGUUGUCAUACGCUGCGCAGCGGGUCGAGGCACACUCGUCAUGGCUUCCUCGUCACAGUCUGUCGUUGCAACUGCUCCCGUGUCUGCUGAAGGGUACACAGUGGACGUCACCUCCUUGUUCGCGAGUCACCUGGGUAGCCACCUAUUCAGCAACGUUCAUGAACUGGCACACUGCAUUAAGCAGUUCGAGCGAACAUCAGGAUCGUACUACAGCGUGCGUAACUCGAAAGCGAAUUCCUCUGGUGAGAAAACUUUCAUCAAAUACCCAUGCCAUCGGAAAGGGUUUUCACGUCCUCCAAACGAGGGAAAACGACGCCGCCUGCUUGAUCACACAUAG